GUCCGAGCGGGUUUAUUCGCUCAGUGUUUGUUAGCCUGAGCCCAUUGGGGCGAGAUGAUAUCGCUAGAGCAGUUACGUCGAGGACGUAGACUCAAGUAGGUGUUUGUCUGAGAGAAGUGUUGUUCAAGUCGAAUGUGACGGAAUCUUAGCCCAACGCUAGCCAUAACUCCACUCUCCCUGCUCUCUUUUACUCUGUGUGCUAAUCAGCAUUUGAAAGGCAGCUUUGACAGUGAGAAAGAAAAGUGAGGGCAGCGGGGAGGAGGGAGUGUAAACGAGAAAGAAACGAGAGAGAGAGAUUGAGUGAGAGAGAGAGAGAGAGAGAGGGAGAGAGAGAGGUAGGGGCCGUACAAGCAUUUCUUUUAUAUUUACUAGCGAUUGAGUAGAGAGAGAGAGCGAGCGGGUGAAGAGACGACCGGUGCGUGCAGCUUUCCCAAGAGGAAAUGAAAAGAAAAGAAGCUCAACGAGGAAAGAGAGAGAGCCAAAGCGGGGAGCACGCCAGAGAAGGAAACAGACUCGCAUCCUCUAACUCCAGUCAUAUCUGAGACGAUCCUGCUUGGAAAGUGAGGGAGGAGAGAGAGGGAGAGCGCGGUCACCGCUGCUGCCGUGCGCCCACAAACACACGCACGCACGCUCUUGCGGCAGCAGACCGCUGUGUGUUCGCCUGCUCUUUUGUGCCGGCAGCUGGGAUUGUUCUUGCCCCGUCUGACCCCCUUGUCACCCCCCGUGUGAGUGUGUGUGUUUGUAUGUUUGUGUGGGAGCGCGAGGGGUCCCGGAACGUGGACUGAGCUGAGGGGAGGGUCACCGGUUUGGCUGUCCGGACGGCAACUGAGGAAGAGGAGGAGGGAAACAUCUGCCCCCAAAACAGCUGCGCAGAGGUGGACAUGCACAUCAGCUCUUCUGUUGGGGGUCUCGGACUGACAUAGCCUCAGCAAAUCACAGCCUGAAUUAGACGUGGCGGCCCAUAGGGGGCGUGAUGGCGGCCAUGCCGUUCGUCAGUGAGGGGAAGUGUGUGAGCGUGGAGUGGGACUUCCUACAGGGGCUCCUUGCCAAACCACCCACCUUACCCUGCUUGCAGAACUUGAGGAAGGAGAAGUCGCGCAAUGCAGCUCGUUCUCGGCGGGGUAAGGAGAACUUUGAGUUCUUCGAACUGGCGAAGAUGCUUCCCCUCCCCGGGGCAAUUACCAGCCAGCUGGACAAGGCCUCCAUCAUCCGCCUCACCAUCAGUUACCUGCACAUGAGACACUUUGCCAGCCAGGGAGACCCACCCUGGAGCCCUCUUCUGGAGGGGGAAAACAACUGCAACAAGGUGCGAAGAACAAGUCAUUCGUUGGUCACUGACAUAUUUGAACAGCACCUGGGAGCUCAUCUACUACAGUCUCUGGAUGGAUUUGUGUUUGUGGUCAGUCAGGAAGGCCGAUUUCUGUAUAUCUCUGAGACUGUGUCUAUCUACCUUGGCCUUUCACAGGUUGAGUUGACUGGCAGUAGCGUGUUCGAUUACAUCCACCCCGCGGAUCAUGUUGAGAUGGCAGAGCGUCUUGGCAUUAGGCCACACCUCCGGGCCGAGGCAGGCUGUCAAAUGUCCCAUGAGAGCGCUUCAAGCUCCGCCUCCACAUCCUCACUGGCCGGCACUCCGGAACCAGCACCAUCUAGUCCCUGUUCUCCAGUCAGUGAGUUAUCAGAACGUGGCUUCUUCAUCAGGAUGAAAUCCACCCUCACUAAGCGUGGGCUCCACGUUAAAUCCUCGGGCUACAAAGUGAUUCAUGUGACAGGUCGGAUUCGGUGUCGGCCAGCCCUGGUGCCAGGCUCCUCCCGCCCCUUGCAUCGACCAAUGGGAUUGGUCGCUCUGGCUCAUACGCUUCCGCCCUCCACGCUCAAUGAAGUGCGCAUGGAAAGUCACAUGUUUGUCUUCAGAGUCAACAUGGACCUGCAGGUCACCUACUGUGAGAACAGGAUUACAGAGUAUAUGGACUUUAGCCCAGCUGAGGUGGUUGGACAUACCUGUUAUCACUUCAUCCAUGCAGAAGACCUGGACACCAUCAGGCAGAGCCAUGAAGACUUGCUGCGGAAAGGACAGGUUGUAACAGGGUAUUAUCGCUGGCUGCAGAGGAGAGGAGGGUAUCUGUGGAUUCAGUCCUGUGCCACCGUGUCCAUUAACCACAAAGCGCCCCACGAGCGUAACGUUAUCUGGGUCAACUAUGUGCUCAGUCGACCAGAGCUGGCAGACAUGCCUCUGGACUUAUUACAACUCCCAGAAAGCCUGAGGGCAGAGCGGCUUCAAGCAAGCUCCUCCCCACGCGACACCUCUCCAAAGGCACAAGGCUCCACAGGGACACAGCCAUUGAAAGGCAGGACUGAGACAGACCACAAAGGGAAGGAAGCGUUCUCGCAUACUGCUGCUAGCCAAUCGGAGAACACCAGGAAGCGGUCACACCAGUCUGACCCUGAAAGCGGUCCUUCUGAGGUGAGGAGGCGGAUGGAGGUGUUCCGGCAAAGAGAGGACAGCCCAUGUACCUCCUCGGACCAAGCCAGUGACAGCGAGGCAGAAGAAGACGAUGAGAGAGAGAGCGAGUGGGAUCACAACCCCACCAGCAAACGGGUGAAGAGCGAAGAGGGGCCUUUGAAACAAGGCAACGGGGCCAAUGGAGCAGGUAAGAUCCACAACGGCCGCGCAGUGAUCCAGCAUCUUAAGAGUGUGGUGACCAGUUCCGGGUCGAAUAUCAAGACUGAACAAGAAGUAAUGGGAACAAGUGUAGGCGCAGGUUCUGGGAGGCGCUGGAGCCAAGCUCAGCCUAGCAGUGGAGGAACCAAUGGUAGCAGUCCACCUUCUCAACCUCAAAACUCUACCCCGACAGAAGCUCCACCCAAGGGUCUGUUCAACCCACCCUCCCCAACUCUGUCGCCACCAAUUCCUGCCUCGUCCCUGCCCAGGGAUGACCGGUCCAUCCAUGGAGGGCGUGCUCCGGAUUUCGAACUACUGCAGAGACUGACUGCAAGUGGGGCUGCAGGACGUGUGCUCUUUCACCCUUUGGCUCUCGGCCCACAGGGGCCUCAGAGUCUCUAUGCUCCCAGCACUAUUCGCUACGCCCCACCUGAGAUGCCUACAGCUCACGCUGAAGGGCACCGCUCAGACCAUGUGGCCAAAACUCCCGCUUUCUUUCCCCACUUGCAAAGGAUCGCAUCUCUGCCUCCCUUCAGUGGUUUUUCUCCAGCUGAACCCACUUUUCCUCCAACUCUGCCCUUCUGUAUGAACGGACUGAGGGGGGCAGCAGGGACAGAUGAGGAUUGAGGGACAAAGAGAGAAAAAAAAAAAAUCUAAAGAGAGCUGGAAGAGGUCGUAAAGGACGGCACAAUGUCGAGAGAGGAACUGCAGAAGAACUUGGAUGUUUUCAAACAGUCUUCCUAGCAUCCUCUCCAGACUUUUCUCUGUUAAUUUGUUAGUGUGUCUUCCUCUCUCUGGACAAGCAGUCAAAGCCAUAAUGAACAUAUGAAGGACAUCAUGCAACUUACACACAGGGGCCAUCUUUGAGGCCUAAACCACUGGGAAUACAGGGCCGUCAUUGGGAAAGAAAGCCGAGGACGUUGUCCUGGGUUGUUUGAUGAGGGUUGCAGGGUUCUCUUUGGCCCCUAGAGAGAUGGGCCCACCUAUACAUUUUUUUCCAAUUAACCACGAAUUUAAGCAACCACACAGGAAUAUGCAAGUAUGGACAAAAGCAGAAUGGCGGCAAUUGCCAAAUAAGACAUUCCUACGGAAACAACUCAUAAGAAAGCACAGUCCACAACUCCCUGACUGUCAGAGGGGUCGUACUGAAAAUAAAGAUUAGAACUUUUGAACAGUGUAGAAUUUUCAUUUUUGUAUUAAAAAAAGAAUUGUCUUUAAACAUCUAAAAAAAAUCACUUGAAAAAUAAUUAAUUCAAGGUCAUAGCCAUAUAUAGAUGCCAUACAUGCAAAUGCUCCAAAAGAUUUUUUUCCACAAGUCAUGAGCAAAUAUCAUGGACUAAUCUUCUUAUAAGAAAUUUGGGGGUUUUGGCGGGGUGGUGGGGAUGGUUAUGUGUGUCUAUUUGUCAUGUAUCAUGUCCAAGCACUUAUAGUAUAUUGUUGCAUACACGUAGCACUUCAUCCAUGGCCAGACAUUCUAGUUCUUCUACUGUAAAAACCACAAGAAUUAAGUUUACAAUAGAUGUGCCAGAAAUGUGCCGAUGAUUCCGGAAAACUAAAGUGUGGAGAACAUUGUCUGUUAUAUAACGGUGUAAUGUUUUAUUUUCAAAUUUUAAAAUGCCCACUGGACAAAUAAAACAAGCCUUGUCAUAAACAUGUCCAGGUCAUAUUUCACUCCAAAAUCCAAAGAAAUUAAUUCUAUUUUGCCUGAGCAACAUUCACUAUAAAUUUUAAUUGCUGUAAUGCAAAAAGUACUUACAUUUAGUGAAAAAUCACCAAAAAGAAUAAUGGAAAUCACAACAAAAACAGGUAAAACAAGUAGACACUUGCUGAGUAGUUUUAGGGCUUUUUUUGUUUGUUUUUUUAAUUUUGGGGUAAAAUAUUACCGUGACACAGCGAGAUUCACCCCACUAUGUGACACUGUUCCAAAACCUAGUGAGCUGCAUAGCAUUGUAAGUAGUCUUACAUGCUUCUGAUGUGAGACAUAGACAGUAAACCGGAGAUACCUCACUUUGGCCAGAUUCUAAGUCUCCUUUCACUGAAGAUCCCAAGAUGCACUGCAGUAUGAUGUAUUUGUUGUGCUCGAAGUAUUGUUAGCUCAGAAACACACUAACAUCAGAUUAUUGAAAACAAAGAGUCUUCCUUUGUGUACUUUUUGUUUGUAGACAGUACAAAGUAAGGCAGCUCAUUAGAUUUUGGAGUCAGGAUAUAAAACAAUAACGUCUAUGUACUUUAAAGAUGUAAAAAUCAAUGAAACCAUAUGGGCACCUUUCAUGAGGAUGAAUAGAUGACAAAAAAUUCAAUUCUUUUCAGGUUGUAGUCACUAAAGUAGAUUUAUGAACAAAAAAAUGGAUGUCAUAAGUGGACCACAAAAACUAUAUUAAGAACUGAUAACUGAUGUAACUACACUGAAGAUAACAGAAUGUGGUUUAAGCAGCAACUGAUUACAGGAGUGCAGAUACAAGAUUCACCAUGUGAACAUUUUCUAGGUUUUUUGUUGUUUUUUUGUGUAUGCGGGUUUCUCUGCCCAUGCAGUAUUACCAGAUAUGAUGGUUUUCAGUAGCACUAAACGAUAUGAGAUGAUUUUUAUUUGUAUUUGUGAUCGAGGGUGAAUGUGUAAAUAGUUGAGAGAAUCAGUUCUGAAACAUCAGCACGAGUUGGUGUUCCCUUAACCUUUACCAUCACUGUGAUUCUAACUUCUUUAUGAUGAGAUGUUUGUGAAAAUACAGCACCAUGAGCAUUCAAUGAAAAUGAUACACUGUAAAAAUGAUUAUUAUGAUAAUCCAAACCACAAUAAUAAACUCUAUUCCAAUAAUGGAG